GCAACAAAGAAAKUUUUCUUUUGUAUGUGUGCAAAUUGAGGUGCUAAAAACUCAGAUAACCUGAAAUACAAUAAAUUUUACAUGUUCUCUYGUACGCAGGAAGAGCUUUGUAAAAUAUAAGUCAGUGACUGUAGUAAGAUGGGGUUUCUGAUUGGUUUGAUAGUUAUCGCCACUUUCACWACAUUGCACGUGUCAUCGUUGCCUUGUGCUGUGCCGUCAUUACUACAAGGAAAUGUGCUCGAGCUUGUGUACGCUGCAGGCCACAUCAGACAACCGCUGGUAGUCCAGUCACGUUUUGUACAUGACGCUAAGGCUAAAAGAACUUACACUCAUAUCGAAAAGAGCAAUGGAAAAUCCUAUCAAUAUUACAAACAUUAUGACAUGAAAAGACAAUACAUAAUAGAAGGAGAUGGAUCAUGUCGAAUGGAAGGAUUGCAGGGGAAUUUUCCUUCACUAAUAAUUCCGAAUCCAAAGMAUACAAUAAGUUUACCUAACGUCCACGUGUACAGCGGUUCAAGGGGAAGAGCCCAGUUUGUUAUAUCCACGAAAGACCAAUGUUUGCCCACUUCCUGGACUGAAUACCUACCUCUUGGACCAAAAUUCCUUGUCAAACAACGGAUCUACUAUGAUGUAACAACAAAAGUCGACUUGAAUAAAGUUAAGUUACCUGCACAAUGUGCACAAAGUCGUUUUGUCCUGCCAUGGUGAAACCAAGGAUAGCAAUAUCAACCCGACAUUUCUAAAGGAUGUGAAAUAAAAUUUCUGUACUCGGUGUAUUUUAAAUACCAGUAAAACUGUUAA